AUGGGACUGGCCAAUGCAAGUACUCCCGAAGUAUUUUUAUUACUAGGUUUUUCUGCUAGACCCUCCUUGGAACCUGUCCUUUUCGCCCUCGUCUCAGUGUUUUAUGUGGUGUCUAUUGUAGGCAAUAGCAUCAUCAUUCUGGUCUCAUGCAUGGAUGUGCAUCUCCACACGCCCAUGUACUUCUUUCACACUAAUCUUUCUUUUCUGGACAUUAGUUUCAUCACAAGCAUUGUCCCACAGCUCCUGGUCAAUUUAUGGGGACCACAGAAAACCAUAAGUUAUGGGGGAUGUGUGGUCCAGUUCUAUAUCUCCCAUUGGUUAGGAGCAACAGAAUGUGACCUCUUGGCAGUCAUGUCCUAUGAUCGCUAUGCCGCUAUCUGCAGGCCACUACACUACACUGUUAUCAUGCAUCCUCAGCUCUGUGCGGGACUGGCCUUUACCUCAUGGCUUGGGGGUCUGACUACCAGCUUAGUUGGCUCCACACUCACCAUGCUACUACCACUGUGUGGGAACAAUCACAUCGAUCACUUCUUUUGUGAGAUGCCUCUCAUUAUGCAGUUGGCUUGUGUGGACACUAGUCUCAAUGAGAUAGAGAUGUACGUGGCCAGUUUCAUAUUUGUUGUUUUGCCUCUGGGUCUCAUCUUGGUUUCAUAUGGCCACAUUGCUCGAGCGGUGUUAAAGAUUAAGUCAGCAGAAGGGAGAAGAAAGGCAUUCAACACUUGUUCUUCCCAUGUGGCGGUGGUAUCCCUGUUUUAUGGGAGUAUAAUUUUCAUGUACCUCCAGCCAGCAAAGAGCAACUCCCAUGAGCAAGGAAAGUUUAUAGCCCUUUUCUACACUGUGGUCACCCCAAUGCUGAACCAGUUGAUCUACACACUUAGGAACAAGGACGUGAAACGAGCACUCAGACGUAUUUUUACGGAGAAGUGCUGUGCUUUUGCAGAAAAAUGA